CCUCUUUUCAACGUCCGCUACCAGUAGUCCCAAUUUCACAGACCUCCGCCCGCGGAUCGUCCCAUACUGAACGCAGACAUGUCUGACUUCUCAGAAGACCAAAUUAUCGAGUUCAAAGAAGCCUUCCUGCUGUUUGACAGGACAGGGGAUGGGAAGAUCAGCUACAGCCAGUGUGGGGACGUCAUGCGAGCCCUGGGACAGAAUCCUGUCAACGCAGAGGUGCUCAAGGUCUUGGGAAACCCCAAGUCAGAUGAGAUGAACCACAAGAUGCUGGACUUUGAGCAGUUCCUGCCGAUGCUCCAGGCUAUUGCGAAAAACAAGGACCAGGGCUCCUUUGAAGACUUUGUGGAGGGUCUACGUGUUUUCGACAAGGAGGGCAACGGCACAGUGAUGGGCGCUGAAUUGCGCCAUGUUCUUACUACACUGGGAGAAAAGAUGACAGAGGAGGAGGUGGAGACUCUUUUAGCAGGACAUGAAGAUGCCAACGGCUGCAUCAACUAUGAAGAACUCGUCCGGAUGGUGAUGAGUGGUUGAAGAUUUCAAGAGAACACACAACCAGCUACAUUUGAAUAAAAGAAAACAAAAGAAAAACUUUUAUUAUAUAAGUCUGUCUUACACCCACCUGUGUCCUUCCAGCCCCCUACGCAGUUGUAACCUGUGUUUCCUUUUCAUUUUUAUUUGAUUUCAGAAGUGCCUUUUCUGUGUCUGAGUUGAAGAGCCCCAUUCAUUUCACAUGUAAACACCAUCCAACCACAGUAGCGCAUGCCAUCAUGCCAGGCUUGUGGACAGAAUCGGCAAUAACAUUCCCUUGAUUUUCCCAUACCUUCCUCUCACUGUAUACCCAGUGUCCACCUCGUCACCCAAUAGCUGUGUUUUUAUACAGAGGAGAUGCAUGUUCAUUGGCUAAAAGACCAACUGUAAUGUUUAACAUGGCCAACCAAUCAUGAAAUGGUAGAUGCUGUGCUGUCUCAUGUAUAUGUUGUAUCAAACGGUAUUAAAUAAAAAUCCCAGUUUCUGAAAA